GCACUCUUGCAAGGGCGUGCAAGGGGAGCGAGGGACAGGAUUCAUCGUAAAAAAGACUGAAGAAAAAAAAAAGUUAGCUGAACAAAGUCCCCGUCGCAUACAAGGCCCCCCUGAGAAGCGGGGGAGAGAGAAAAAAAAAACCUGAGAAGCAUGGUUAGGGAUGUCAUCCAAAACCGACUUCUGCAAGCCUCAAUAUUUUAGCGUCCGCCCAAAGCAGGCUCCAGGUCCCGAGCCCUAAGCUGCAUUGAAUGCUAGACAGGACACUAAACUCGCGGUACGGCGCUGAAGAUUCCCCGUGAAACGCUUGGUGGAGAUGUGCAAUCUACUUGUACAGCAGGAGAACUCCUGAGGGUCCUGGAAUUCAGAUGGCAGGCUGCAGGUGCUCGGUCCAAAACUGAAGAUGCAUGAAGACAAGACGGCCUUGUCAGAAGCACGUGUGGUUAGUUUCAAAAGUAACUCUCUUGAUUCACCGAAGACGCAUGAUGAAUUUGAGAUUAAAUUCCCUAACGGCCAACCUUAUUGCCAUGCUCCGGGACUUGGCUUUGCUUAGCUGCAAGUCUGGAAUGUUCUCCCGGUACACAGCAUACAAGGCACUGGUUAUAGGUACAAGCCCGAAUCAUCUACCGUACGUCGCACAGUAUACCGAAUGUGUCUACGUUUUGGGACUCUUCUUUGGAAGUUGACACUUGCUCGGCUUUAUCCAAGCUUUCUCUCUUUCUGCAACCCUGUCUUAAUAGGUCCGGUUCUCAGAUACGACCCAAGACGGGCCCCCUCGUGUUAUAGCUCCUCUCAACUAGAGGCUGAGUCCGUUAGCUUCCGAGACCUUCCUUUUCGGUCUGCCGGACUCAAGCGUCCACACAACACCACCAAGCCCACCGAAAAAAGAAAAGAAAAAAAAAAGCCAA